AUGACAGGGUCACGUGGACUGUUGUGUACUUUUCACUCGGAGCCACCGGAGCGGCGCGCCGCCACGAACGAGUCGGGGAAGGAGUUCGUCGACAUCGUCUACGAGAAGGCCGUGGGAGAGGGCAUCGCCAAGAUCACCAUAAACCGGCCAAAUAGAAGGAACGAUUUCCGCCCGCUGACCGUGAAGGAGCUUAUGCGCGCAUUCAACGAUGAUAGUUCCGUUGGAGUCAUCAUUCUUACCGGCAGGGAAGGGAACCGAGGCGUUCUGCAGCGGCGGUGA